AUCAUUAACAAAAACAAUGCCACAGUUGCAUCAAAUCAAAACAAUCGAAAAAAAUUGUCAAAAUAUUUAAUUAAUCAAGUUUAAAAUGAAAACAAAAGACUUUGAAGAGGAAGUAAGUGAUUUUGAGGAUGAGCUGAGAGGCAAGAAUGUGACAAAGAAGAAGAAAAAGCUUAAAAGUUGCUUCUUUUGUGAAAAAGUCUUCGAUGUAAAUGUUGUUGAACAAAGUAUUCGACCUAAAUGGCGCUGUCAAGACUGUUUUGACGCUAAUAUCAUCAAGAAAGUUAAGUAUAAGGAAGUAAAAUGCAACUUCUGUGGCAUCAAAUAUGUGGAUACUUAUUAUACAAAGAAAGGACUUUCAGAAACCAAAACAAAAAAUAAAAAAUGUGAAGACUGCAGAAAUAGAAAGAUCCCGAAAGGUCCUUUACCAAGACCUAAAAUGGAUUUUGCAGAAUGCGAUAUUUGUGGAAUGAGAUUUAGAAAGAAAAUCUUAAUUUAUAAUCAUAUGGAUAAGCAUCGUUCGGAUGUAUGUUGUAGAGUUUGUGGAGCAAAAUUCACAGCAAGAAGUGCAUUAAGAAGUCACUUAAGAUCUCAUUUCGAGAAGUUUGUUUGUGAGCUUUGUGGAUUUACAACUAAUUUAAAUGCAAUGUUCAGAAAACAUAAUAAGAUGCAUGAAGGCAAGCCUAUUCCAGAUCAGACUCGAUAUUAUAAAAAGCAAGUGAAGGGAGAGUUUCCAUGUUCAAUAUGUGGUAUUUUGUUUGAGUCAAAAGUAGGCUUACUGGGUCAUGAAAAGCGGCAACAUUCAGAGAACGGAGUCAAUGGAUUUUCUUGCAAAGUUUGUGGCGAGAUAAGCUAUAGAAUAAAGGAAUAUAGAAUACAUGUCCUGACACAUUCCAGCAAGCCUUUGCUGUUUUGUCAUUAUCCUGGCUGUAAUAUAUUCUAUGAUAGACUAAAACCGUUAAAUGCACACAUUAGAAAUGUCCAUAAACAGACAAAUAACGAUUAUUCAUGUUCGAAUUGUGGUAAAGCUUUUAAAUACAAACAUUCUGUGGAUAAACAUUUAAGAAAUAAUCGUUGCGUACCGUUGAAGGAUAGAAACUUUAAAAAAGAUGUAUUUUCGAAGAGAAUGAAACCUUUUAUUGAAGAUAACAGCAAAAGUCCUGAGGAACUUGAGCGAAUAGCUAAAAUUGCAAAAGAACAAUAUUUGGAGGUAAGAGGACUGUUAAGUGUUAUAGAAAAUGAGCAGCACAGUGAUAGCGAGCAAGACGACACGAUUAAAGAAGAAGUAAUAAUUGAGGAACAUGUAAAUGCUGAAACAGGUUUGAAAAAUGAUAAGCAUGACGAUGUACUCGAAUACGAUAAUUACGAGCAAUUGGACGAUUGUCUUGACUUGUCACCUGUCAUUGAAAGCAUAGAGGAAGACGAUGAUGAUAAUCAUGAUACAAAAAUGAUUAAAGAACCGUUCGUAAAGAUUGAAAUUAAAACUGAACCUGACAUUGAUGAUAUGCUGAGCCCUCCAAUCAUACAAGAAGAUUGGAAUUAUUUAAAGAGUGAUCCUGACAUUUUUAACAUGACUUCUGACUUACCAAAUCCUUAUGUACUAUUAGAGAGACUUGAUUAUGCUACAAUAAUGAAAUGGAUUAAAGUAAAGAAAGAGGAAAAAGACAUUAAGCCUGAAAUGUCAAAUAAGAUGCUAAUCAUGCGAAAGAAUAAGAAGAAAAUGUUAAAAAUGAGAAUGCUUGCUUACAAUCGUAGAAUUAAAGGCUCUUCCUAUGAAUGUGACAUGUGCGAAUUUAAAUCAAAGUCUAAAAAUAAGCUAGCUAAACACUUAAUCAAUCAUAAAAAAGUUUCAAAAACAAAUAGGCACAGAUGUGAAGUCUGUUCAGAAUCAUUUUCAAGAAUUGUUCAUUUACAUCAGCAUAAGAAAGUAAUUCAUAAAAUAUCAAAUACUGAUUAUACAACAAAGGAUUAUAUCUGUGACUUGUGUGGAAGAGCUUACGGAACCAUUGGUAUGCUUAAAAGUCAUUUAAAACUCACGCACAGUACUACCUACUAUCCAUGUCAGUUCUGUCCGAUGAAAUUUAAAACUAGAGUUUAUGUGGAAAGACAUGAAAAUGAUGUUCAUUUAAAAAUUCGCAAAUAUGCCUGUCAAUUCUGUGGUAAAUGCUUUAAAAGAAAACAUGGACUUAAAAGUCAUGAAAAUCGACAUACAUCACAUCGAGAAAUAUGUCCCAUUUGUGGCAAAAGUGUUAAGAUUUUAAAGGAGCACAUCAAAUUUGCCCACGAAACGAAAAAGGAACAGGAAUUAAUUCCAUGUCCACAAUGCGGCAGAGGAUUUUCUAAAUAUAACUUACAAUUUCAUAUCGAACGAUUUCAUCUUAAAGUUAUUAAUGAGCGAACUCAAGUUCGUCAUUGUCUGAAAUGUGACCAAAGCUUCCCAAGAGUCGACGAUUUAAGAAGACACGACAUUCUCGAGCAUUACGAAGGAGUUAUCAAAAAGUGCCCAUACGAUUUUUGUGAUGCGAUUUUUAAGAAAACAAAGCCACUCAACGUUCACAUUAAGAAUGUUCAUUUGAGGAAUUCGACCCACACUUGUGAAGUUUGUAAAAAAACAUUUGAUACGAGAUCCGGAUUGUUAAAACAUGCAAAAGUUAAAGGACAUAAAAUUCCUGAGAAAACUUUGUAAAUCAAUAAUACCCACAUAUAGAAAAAU